AUGUCAAUAACAUCACCAACAGCGACAUGGGAUACGAUCCAAGAUGUGUUUUACAGGAAAGAAGAGAUAUACACAAUGUCAUGGAACGUACCUGAUCUAUCAGAGUAUAUCAUAUCAGUAGGAAAGAAUGGUGGUCCUAUAGCGAUGAUCCGAGAUGAUCGACUCCCACUCCCAUCAUCUCGUCAUUCAGGUAAACCCAAAAUACACAUCUACUCCUCUUCAGGUAUACUCAUCUCCUCCAUACCUUGGGAAUUGAACACACCCAUCUUAAUGCAUUUCACAAUAACCUCUAUGGUGGUAUUAUCGGAUCAAGGGAUAUAUAGGAUUUACGACCUAUCGAAUAUCACAAAUUACAAGCAAUACUCUCUAGGCGACGAAAUAAGAGAUAGUGGGGUGGUAGAUGCGAGAGCUUACGAAGAUGGGAUGGUCGUGUUAACUAGGGAAGGGGAGUUUGUGGAAGUGAAGGGAUGGAAGGGUGGAAGGGGUGUACCGAUGAUUAGUCCUGUUCUGAAUGAACCGCCAACAUCAUGGACACUCCUCUCACCCGAUAUAUCCCCAACAGGUCAUAUUCAACUACUCCUCUCGACACAAUCUACCAUCCUCACUUUAGAUACUUUAGAAAAGAUAGAUCAGCGGAUCAACAGAGGUCCAUUCUCACACAUUUCAAUUUCGCCCAACGGCCGAUUCCUGGCAUUGUUAAAUCCUACGACGGGGAUAUUAUGGGUUGUAUCAUCGGAUUUCAGUCGAAAUUUAUCUGAAGUUGAUAUCACCCCUUUCGGAGAGGGGUUACCGGAAAGAGUAGAAUGGUGUGGUGAUAAUGCCAUAACAUUGGGGUAUAGGAAUGGGAAAGUCGUGUUGGUCGGUCCGAAAGGAGAAUCACUAUCUUGGGAAUAUCCGCCCUCUGCACAUAUACUGGGUGAAAAUGAUGGUUUAAGGAUUAUUUCUUCGAGUACAUGCGAGUUUGUACAGAAAGUACCAGAGUGCACGUUAGCCGUCUUCUCACCUGGCUCGUCACAUCCCGCUGCGAUCCUAUAUGACGCCUUGGAUCAUUUCGAACGCAAGUCGCCGAAAGCGGACGAGAGUAUACGGAGUAUCAGACCGGAUUUGGCCAACGCAGUGGACACUUGUGUGGAAGCUGCUGGAAGGGAAAUUGAAGUGACUUGGCAGAGAAGGUUGUUAAAGGCAGCACAGUUCGGAAGGGCAUUCAUGGAUCUAUAUAACCCAAGUGAUUUCGUCACUAUGGCUCAGACGUUGAAAGUGCUCAACGCUGUGCGAUAUUAUGAAAUCGGCGUACCGAUAACUUAUGAACAGUACAUAGCUAGUUCCCCUGCUACCCUGAUCUUACAUCUCGUAUCUCGAAAUCUACAUUUACUCGCUUUGCGUAUAUCACAGCAUUUGGGACUACGUCCCGACCCUGUCCUCUCACAUUGGGCAUCAGCCAAGAUCAUCCGAUCAUCGCAGAAAGGUGUAGAUCCCUCUGAUAGAGGUCUAGGCGACGACGAGAGUGUUUGUAGAGCUAUAGUGGAGAAGUUCGAGAAGGAAGGUGAGAAGGGUGUGAGUUAUGCGGAGAUAGCGAGGAAAGCAUGGGAGAAUGGUAGAGCCAGGUUGGCUACUAUGCUGUUAGACCAUGAGCCAAGGGCUGCAGAACAGGUUCCAUUGCUACUGCAGAUGAAGGAGGAAAAGAUCGCUCUGGAGAAAGCUGUCGAUUCAGGUGACACGGAUUUAGUCUACCAAGUCCUUUUGCAUCUACGAUCUACCUUAUCACCAGGAGACUUCUUCCAUAUCUUAGAUGAUUCGAUAACGCCCAAACUCAAACCUGCUGUAAAUCUCCUUCAGGUAUAUGCAAGACAGGCUGAUAGAGAUUUGUUGAGGGAUUUCUAUUAUCAGGAUGAUAGGAGGACGGAGAAUGGUUGUCUGGAGAUGGAAGAGGCUGGUCAGCAGGAGUACGCUGAAGAAAGGUUAGAACACCUGAAAAGAGCGGCAAAGUCAUUUGGAGAGAGUAAAGAGAGGUUGUUUGAAUCUAAGAUGGCAGAUGACGCUCAUCGAUUAUUGACAUUACAGCAGACAUAUGAACGUGAAUUAGAACAUAAAUUCACUUUUUCCGGACUAUCGGUCAAUCAAUUCAUAUAUAAACUUAUCCUUGAGGGUUUCAACAAAAGGGCGGAAAGGGUUAGAGCGGACUGGAAAGUACCUGAUAAGAGGUUUUGGUGGAUUAAGUUGAAAGCCCUAGCUGAGAGGAAAGAUUGGGAAGGUCUAGAAGCGUUUGCUAAGAGCAAGAAGAGUCCGAUAGGGUAUGAGCCGUUUGUCACUCAUUUACUCUCCCUUUCACCUCCUCAACCGACCCAAGCGGGGUCUUUCGUACCCCGUUGCGAACCCAGACAAAGAGCAGAUCUAUAUGUUUUAUGUGGAGAUUGGAGUAAAGCUGCUGAGUCCGCUAAAGAGAGGAAUGAUAGAGGUAAACUUGAUGAAUUGAAGAGAAAGGCUCCGAAUGGGAUUGCUCAGAGGGAAGUGGAUGAGGUCAUAAGGAGGGUUGGGAAGUAG